GUUUGUUAUACGGAUCUCCAAAAUAUAUUACGCAUCUUCCGAUAUCUUCCACGGAUCUUUUGAUAUAUUACCACUCCAACGGCUCUUUUGACAUCCUCGAGAGGCCAUUAGGUCCUUCCGCAUCCGUCAGCCGUCACCCUCUGCAUGUGCAAAGCUCAAUCGACCAUCCGCCUGCGAAGCAAUCGCAGAAAUGAAAUGGCCGACACCUAUGGGUCUGCCAAGAAGAAUGCUUCGAGACCAUCAGGUCAGCAGUCUCACCUUCCGCGGGUGUGAAACCCUAGCCCUUCAAAAACAAUUGUUCCUAAAUUUUCAGGCAGUAGAUAAGGUUUUGGAAUGACCUAUUUGUCGAGUGAUGGCACUGAAGUAGUACGUAAAGCAAGGGUUUGAAAUUAUUCAACCAAAUUGUUUUGACCUUAAAAGCUCUUGCGGAAUAUCACAAUCAUGGAAGCCAAGGCACAUUCAUGGCAAGAAUUCCAGUUUGACGUUUUUCUGGCAAGAGUCACUAGAAGUGUUGCAAAACUGACAAUGAUCUGGACCAUUUCUCUGCUAUAAAGUUGUAAGAUUUGGACUUUUAGUAACCCGAGAUUUGCCCAUCGUGAGAAGGCAAUCAACAGAACACUCUUGGAUGAAGAAAUGCAGGAUGCUUGAGAGAUGUUACAUGAUAAAUGCAGGAUAAACUAAUUCAAAAGAAGCCCAAUCGAAAAGGUCCAAAUGUGAGUAGUCUACUGGCCGGAUAAUUCGGAUUUGUCUAAUCUGAGUAUAGUAUCGUGAGAUAACCGAAGUCUCCAACACCAAAUGUUUCGCCAAGUCCUUACCAAGCAGCAGAAAUGUCAACUGAAUUCUUGGUAAGCACAUAAUGGUGCGAGUGAUAGCUUGAACCUGCUGAUGGUACCCCUUGAUGGGACACAGUCUUGCUAGAAAUCUGAGGUUCAAGUUCCUAGAGCAGUAGAGAAGAUUUCGGCAGGAGUUAUAUGGGGAGUGAUGGCAUUAGAAGAAGUACGUUCCAAGCAUAGUUUAGAAAUUAUGCAACCAAAUUGUUCGGAUGAACAAAUGAAGGCCAAUACGAGAGAUCAAAAUAACUAUUGUUCUACUGGAUAGAAUGCCAAAGAAGCCUGAAUCUUUUAAAUGAAAAAAGGAAAAGGAACUGUUAAAUCUUGAGUUCGAAUUUGCCAUCAGGAUAGGGAAGGCGUGUAUCGAAGAAAUUGUUUUUGACGAAGAAAUGGAUACAAAAACCUAUAAAAUAAAGAAAAGAACAAAUAAAAAAGAAAAUAAAACAGCCAAAAAAAAAAGAAAACAAAAAAGAAAACAAAUACAAAAAAAGGCGAAAAAAACAAAACAAAAACACAUUUCCCUGUGCUGUUGCUUUAUUCAUGAGGUGUGAAAGCCUAGCCCUGCGAAAACAAUUGUUCCUAAAGCAGCAGAGAAGGUUUUGGAAUGAGCUAUUUAUAGAGUGAUGGCACUGAACUAGUACGUUAAGCAAGGCUUUGAAAUAAUUCAACUAAAUUGUUUUGACCUUAUAAGUUCUUGUGGAAGUUCACAAUCAUGGAAGCCAAGGCACAUUCAUUGCACGAAAUCCAGUUUGACGUUUCUUUGGCAAGAGUCACUAGAAGGGUUGCUAAACUGACAAUGAUCUGGACCAUUUCUCUGCUUUAAAGUUGUAAGAUUUGGACUUUUAGUAACCCGAGAUUUGCCCAUCAUGAGAAGGCAAUCAAGAGCACACUCUUGGAUGAAGAAAUGCAGGAUGCUUGAGAGAUGUUACAUGAUAAAUGCAGGAUAAACUAAUUCAAAAGAAGCCCAAUCUAAAAGGUCCAAUUGUGAGUUGUCUACUGGCUGGAUGAUUCGGAUUUGCCUAAUCUGAGUAUAGUUUCGUCAGAUAACCGAAGUCUCCAACACCAAAUAUUUUGCCAAGUCUUACCUAGCAGCAGAAUUCUUGGUAAGCACAUAUUGGUGCGAGUGAUAGCUUGAACCUGAUGAUGAUACCCCAUGAUGGGACACAGUCUUGCUAGAAAUCUGAGGUUCAAGUUCCUAGAGGAGUAGAGAAGAUUUCGGCAGGAGUUAUAUGGGGAGUGAUGGCACUAGAAGAAGUAUGUUCCAAGCAUAGUUUAGAAAUUAUGCAACUAAAUUGUUCGGAUGAACAAAUGAAGGCCAAUACGAGAGAUCAAAAUAAGAAGUGUUCUACUGGAUGGAAUGCCAAUGAAGCCUGAAUCUUUUAAAUGAAAAGGAAAAGGAAAUGUUAAAUCUUGAGUUCGAAAUUGCAUUAGGAGAGGGAAGGCGUGUACCGAUGAAAUUGUUUUUGACGAAAAAAUGGAUACAAAAACCUAAAAAAAAAGAAAAGAACAAAAAAAAGAAAACAGAAAAGCAAAAAAAAAGAAAAGAGAACAAAAAAGCAAAAAAAAAAAAAAUAGAAAACCAAAAAAAAAGAAAACAAAUACAAAAAAAAGGUGAAAUAAAAAAAAACAAAAACUUAUGUCCCAGUGCUGUUGCUUUGUUCAUGAGGUGUGAAAGCCUAUCCAUGCGAAAACAAUUGUGCACAUUCAUUGCAAGAAUUCCAGUUUGACGUUUUUUUGGCAAGAGUCACUAAAGGGUUGCAAAACUGACAAUGAUCUGGACCAUUUCUCUGCUUUAAAGUUGUAAGAUUUGGACUUUUAGUAACCCGAGAUUUGCCCAUCGUGAGAAGGCAAUCAAGAGCACACUCUGGGAUGAAGAAACGCAAGAUGCUUGAGAGUUGUUACAUGAUAAAUGCAGGAUAAACUAAUUCAAAAGUAGCCCAAUCGAAAAGGUCCAAAUGUGUGUAGUCUACUGGCUGGAUGAUUCGGAUUUGCCUAAUCUGAGUAUAGUUUCGUGAGAAACCGAAGUCUCAUCACCAAAUGUUUCGCCAAGUCUUACCUAGCAGCAGAAUUCUUGGUAAGCUCAUAUUGGUGCCAGUGAUAGCUUGAACCUGCUGAUGGGUACCCCUUGAUGGGACACAGUCUUGCUAGAAAUCUGAGGUUCAAGUUCCUAGAGGAGUAGAGAAGAUUUCGGCAGGAGUUAUAUGGGGAGUGAUGGCACUAGAAGAAGUACGUUCCAAACAUAGUUUAGAAAUUAUGCAACUAAAUUGUUCGGAUGAACAAAUGAAGGCCGAUAUGAGAGAUCAAAAUAAGAAGUGUUCUACUGGAUGGAAUGCCAAUGAAGCCUGAAUCUUUUAAAUGAAAAGGAAAAGGAAAUGUUAAAUCUUGAGUUCGAAAUUGCAUUAGGAGAGGGAAUGCGUGUACCGAUGAAAUUGUUUUUGACGAAAAAAUGGUUACAAAAACCUAAAAAAAAAAGAAAAGAACAAAAAAAAAGAAAACAGAAAAGCAAAAAAAAAAGAAUAGAGAACAAAAAAGCAAAAAAAAAAAAAUAGAAAACCAAAAAAAAGAAAACAAAUACAAAAAAAAGGUGAAAUAAAAAAAACAAAAACUUAUGUCCCAGUGCUGUUGCUUUGUUCAUGACGUGUGAAAGCCUAUCCAUGCGAACACAAUUGUGCACAUUCAUUGCAAGAAUUCCAGUGUGACGUUUUUUGGCAAGAGUCACUAAAGGGUUGCAAAACUGACAAUGAUCUGGACCAUUUCUCUGCUUUAAAGUUGUAAGAUUUGGGCUUUUAGUAACCCGAGAUUUGCCCAUCGUGAGAAGGUAAUCAAGAGCACACUCUGGGAUGAAGAAACGCAAGAUGCUUGAGAGUUGUUACAUGAUAAAUGCAGGAUAAACUAAUUCAAAAGUAGCCCAAUCGAAAAGGUCCAAAUGUGUGUAGUCUACUGGCUGGAUGAUUCGGAUUUGCCUAAUCUGAGUAUAGUUUCGUGAGAAACCGAAGUCUCAUCACCAAAUGUUUCGCCAAGUCUUACCUAGCAGCAGAAUUCUUGGUAAGCACAUAUUGGUGCCAGUGAUAGCUUGAACCUGCUGAUGGGUACCCCUUGAUGGGACACAGUCUUGCUAGAAAUCUGAGGUUCAAGUUCCUAGAGGAGUAGAGAAGAUUUCGGCAGGAGUUAUAUGGGGAGUGAUGGCACUAGAAGAAGUACGUUCCAAGCAUAGUUUAGAAAUUAUGCAACUAAAUUGCUCGGAUGAACAAAUGAAGGCCAAUACGAGAGAUCAAAAUAAGAAGUGUUCUACUGGAUGGAAUGCCAAUGAAGCCUGAAUCUUUUAAAUGAAAAGGAAAAGGAAAUGUUAAAUCUUGAGUUCGAAAUUGCAUUAGGAGAGGGAAGGCGUGUACCGAUGAAAUUGUUUUUGACGAAAAAAUGGAUACAAAAACCUAAAAAAAAAGAAAAGAAAACAGAAAAUACCUUAAAUCUUUUUGCUUUAAAGGUCAAAAAGAAAACAGAAAAGCAAAAAAAAAGAAAAGAGAACAAAAAAGCAAAAAAAAAAAAAAAAUAGAAAACCAAAAAAAAAAACAAAUACAAAAAAAAGGUGAAAUAAAAAAAACAAAAACUUAUGUCCCAGUGCUGUUGCUUUGUUCAUGAGGUGUGAAAGCCUAUCCAUGCGAAAACAAUUGUGCACAUUCAUUGCAAGAAUUCCAGUUUGACGUUUUUCUGCAAGAGUCACUAAAGGGUUGCAAAACUGACAAUGAUCUGGACCAUUUCUCUGCUUUAAAGUUGUAAGAUUUGGACUUUUAGUAACCCGAGAUUUGCCCAUCGUGAGAAGGCAAUCAAGAGCACACUCUGGGAUGAAGAAACGCAAGAUGCUUGAGAGUUGUUACAUGAUAAAUGCAGGAUAACCUAAUUCAAAAGUAGCCCAAUCGAAAAGGUCCAAAUGUGUGUAGUCUACUGGCUGGAUGAUUCGGAUUUGCCUAAUCUGAGUAUAGUUUCGUGAGAAACCGAAGUCUCAUCACCAAAUGUUUCGCCAAGUCUUACCUAGCAGCAGAAUUCUUGGUAAGCACAUAUUGGUGCCAGUGAUAGCUUGAACCUGCUGAUGGGACACAGUCUUGCUAGAAAUCUGAGGUUCAAGUUCCUAGAGGAGUAGAGAAGAUUUCGGCAGGAGUUAUAUGGGGAGUGAUGGCACUAGAAGAAGUACGUUCCAAGCACAGUUUAGAAAUUAUGCAACUAAAUUGUUCGGAUGAACAAAUGAAGGCCAAUAUGAGAGAUCAAAAUAAGAAGUGUUCUACUGGAUGGAAUGCCAAUGAAGCCUGAAUCUUUUAAAUGAAAAGGAAAAGGAAAUGUUAAAUCUUGAGUUGGAAAUUGCAUUAGGAGAGGGAAUGCGUGUACCGAUGAAAUUGUUUUUGACGAAAAAAUGGAUACAAAAAUCUAAAAAAAAAAAGAAAAGAACAAAAAAAAAGAAAACAGAAAAGCAAAAAAAAAGAAUAGAGAACAAAAAAGCAAAAAAAAAAAAAUAGAAAACCAAAAAAAAGAAAACAAAUACAAAAAAAAGGUGAAAUAAAAAAAAAACAAAAACUUAUGUCCCAGUGCUGUUGCUUUGUUCAUGACGUGUGAAAGCCUAUCCAUGCGAACACAAUUGUGCACAUUCAUUGCAAGAAUUCCAGUUUGACGUUUUUUGGCAAGAGUCACUAAAGGGUUGCAAAACUGACAAUGAUCUGGACCAUUUCUCUGCUUUAAAGUUGUAAGAUUUGGGCUUUUAGUAACCCGAGAUUUGCCCAUCGUGAGAAGGUAAUCAAGAGCACACUCUGGGAUGAAGAAACGCAAGAUGCUUGAGAGUUGCUACAUGAUAAAUGCAGGAUAAACUAAUUCAAAAGUAGCCCAAUCGAAAAGGUCCAAAUGUGUGUAGUCUACUGGCUGGAUGAUUCGGAUUUGCCUAAUCUGAGUAUAGUUUCGUGAGAAACCGAAGUCUCAUCACCAAAUGUUUCGCCAAGUCUUACCUAGCAGCAGAAUUCUUGGUAAGCACAUAUUGGUGCCAGUGAUAGCUUGAACCUGCUGAUGGUACCCCUUGAUGGGACACAGUCUUGCUAGAAAUCUGAGGUUCAAGUUCCUAGAGCAGUAGAGAAGAUUUCGGUAGGAGUUAUAUGGGGAGUGAUGGCACUGGAAGAAGUACGUUCCAAGCAUAGUUUAGAAAUUAUGCAACUAAAAUGUUCGUAUAAACAAAUGAAGGCCAAUACGAGAGAUCAAAAUAAGAAGUGUUCUACUGGAUGGAACGCCAAUGAAGCCUGAAUCUUUUUCAUGAAAAGGAAAACGAAAUGCUAAUCUUGAGUUCGAAAUUGCCAUUACGGGAGGGAAGGCGUGUACCGAUGAAAUUGUUUUUGACGAAAAAAUGGAUACAAAAAUCUAAAAAAAGAAAAGAACAAAAAAAAACAGAAAACAAAAAAGCAAAAAAAAAAAAGAAAACAAAAAAGCAAAAAAACAAAAAAAGAAAACAAAAAAGCAAAAAAAAAAAAAGAAAACAGAAAAGCAAAAAAAAAAAAGAAAACAAAAUACAAAAUAAAAGUCGAAAAAAAAAACAAAACAAAAACACAUGUCCCAGUGCUGUUGCUUUGUUCAUGAGGUGUAAAAGCCUAGCCCUGCGAAAACAAUUGUUCCUAAAUUUUCAGGCAGUAGAGAAGGUUCUGGAAUGAGCUAUUUGUAGAGUAAUGGCACUGAAGUAGUACGGACCUUAAAAGUUCUUGCGGAAGUUCACAAUCAUGGAAGCCAAGGCACAUUCAUUGCAAAAAUUCCAGUUUGACGUUUUUUUGGCAAGAGUGACUAGAAGGGUUGCAAAACUGACAAUGAUCUGGACCAUUUUUCUGCUUUAAAGUUGUAAGAUUUGGACUUUUAGUAACCCGAGAUUUGCCCAUCGUGAGAAGGCAAUCAAGAGCACACUCUUGGAUGAAGAAAUGCAGGAUGCUUGAGAGAUGUUACAUGACAAAUACCGGUGGUAGCUUGGAUCAAGAGCAGAAUUCUUAGUAAGCGCAUAUUGGUGCCGGUGAUAGCUUGAACCUGCUGAUGAAGAAGGCAAUCAAGAGCACACUCUUGGAUGAAGAAAUGCAGGAUGCUUGAGAGAUGUUACAUGACAAAUACCGGUGGUAGCUUGGAUCAAGAGCAGAAUUCUUAGUAAGCGCAUAUUGGUGCCGGUGAUAGCUUGAACCUGCUGAUGGUACCCCUUGAUGGGACACAGUCUUGCUAGAAAUCUGAGGUUCAAGUUCCUAGAGCAGUAGAGAAGAUUUUGGUAGGAGUUAUAUGGGGAGUGAUGGCACUAGAAGAAGUACGUUCCAAGCAUAGUUUAGAAAUUAUGCAACUAAAUUGUUCGGCAGUAUAGAAGGUUUUGGAAUGAGCUAUUUGUAGAGUGAUGGCACUGAAAUAAUACGUUAAGCAAGGCUUUGAAAUUAUUCAACUAAAUUGUUUUGACCUUAAAAGUUCUUUUGGAAGAUCACAAUCAUGGAAGCCUAGGCACAUUCAUUGCAAGAAUUCCAGUUUGACGUUUUUUUUGGCAAGACUCACUAGAAUGUUUGCAAAACUGACAAUGAUCUGGACCAUUUCUCUGCUUUAAAGUUGUAAGAUUUGGACUUUUAGUAACCCGAGAUUUGCCCAUCGUGAGAAGGCAAUCAAGAGCACACUCUUGGAUGAAGAAAUGCAGGAUGCUUGAGAGAUGUUACAUGACAAAUGCAGGAUAAACUAAUUCAAAAGAAGCCCAAUCGAAAAGGUCUAAAUGUGAAUAGUCUACUGGCUGGAUGAUUCGGAUUUGCCUAAUCUGAGUAUAGUUUCGUGAGAUAACCGAAGUCUCCAACACCAAAUGUUUCGCCAAGUCUUACCUAGCAGCAUCAUUCUUGGUAAGCACAUAUUGGUGCCAGUGAUAGCUUGAACCUGCUGAUGGUACCCCUUGAUGGAACACAUUCUUGAUAGAAAUCUGAGGUUCAAGUUCCUAGAGCAGUAGAUAAGAUUUCGGCAGGACGUAUAUGGGAAGUGCACUAGAAGAAGUACGUUCCAAGCAUAGUUUAGAAAUUAUGCAACUAAAUUGUUCGGAUGAACAAAUGAAGGCCAAUACGAGAGAUCAAAAUAAGAAGUGUUGUACUGGAUGGAAUGCCAAAGAAGCCUGAAUCUUUUAAAUGAAAAGGAAAAGGAAAUGUUAAGUCUUGAGUUCGAAAUUGGAAUCAGGACAGGGAAGGCGUGUACCGAAGAAAUUGUUUUUGACGAAAAAAUGGAUACAAAAACCUGAAAAAAAAACGAAACGAAUAAAAAAAAGAAAAUAAAAAAGCCAAAAAAAAAAACAACAAUCAUGGCACUGAAGUAGUGCGUUAAGCACGUCUUUGAAAUUAUUCAACUAAAUUGUUUUGACCUUAAAAGUUCUUGCGGAAGUUCACAAACAUGGAAGCUAAGGCACAUUCUUUGCAACAUUUCAAGUUUGACUUUUUUUGGCAGGACUCACUAGAAGGGUUGCAAAACUAACAAUGAUCUGGACUAUUUCUCUGCUUUAAAGUUGUUAAGCUUUGGACUUUUAGUAACCCGAGAUUUGCCCAUCCUGAGAAGGCAAUCAAGAGCACACUCUUGGAUGAGGAAAAGCUGGAUGCUUGAGAGAUGUUACAUGAUAAAUGCAGGUCGCAGACGCGUACGACGAAGCUCUGAGCAUUGUGAAACUGGAUUUGGGAGUGGGCAUUAUAAAGCUAAGGUCGCAGACGCGUACGAUAAAGCUCUGAGCAUUGUGAAACUGGAUUUAAGAGUGGGCAUUAUAAAGCUAAUGUCGCAGACCCGUACGGUGAAGCUCUGAGCAUUGUGAAACUGGAUUUAGGAGUGGGCAUUAUAAAGCUAAGGUCGCAGACGCGUACUGUGAAGCUCCGAGCAUUGUGAAACUGGAUUUAGGAGUGGGCAUUAUAAAGCUAAGAUUGCAUAUGGCGGAGGUUGGAGCUCUAUGAAGUAAGAGUGGGUGUCAUCGGGCUUAGGUCAUACACAGAAGCACAACAUCAAGAUUCGAGCACAUUGAAGUUGGAGGUAGGCGUGGGUGAUUCAGACUGAGUCGCAGACGUGUACGGUGAAGCUCCGAGCAUUGUGAAACUGGAUUUAGGAGUGCGCAUUAUAAAGCUAAGGU